AUGUCACUUAUACUCUGCACGCCGUCCGAAACCGAUGUCUCGGCGGUAUCAACGGUGCACCUGCGGGCCAUGGACGAGAACCUCCUUACGCACGCGCAGUUCCCGAGCCCGGAGGGUCUGCAGUUUUUCCACGGCUGGUUGGAGAUGAACACGCUGGAGCAUCUGAGAGACGGGGACAAGGGGGUGCUGGUUGCGAAGGAUGGGGAGACGGGGGAGGUGGUGAGUUUUGUCAAGUGGCUUGUUCAUAGGCCUGGCGAGCAGGAGCAGGUUGAAGAGGAGGAGUGGCCGGAUAUUGCGAGGGCCGAGUAUUUGGAUCCGUAUGCGGCGUUGACGGAGAGGGUGAGGAAUAGGGCUGUUGGAAAGGAGACGGCAUAUUAUCAUCCAACGUAUCUUUGCACGGAUCCUCGCUGGGCUGGACGCGGAGCUGCAUCAUUGCUUCUGCGCAAGGUCCAGGAACUCGCCACCGCAGAGGGUCUCCCUCUUGUGCUAGAAGCUACGAUGAAUGCUGUGACGUUUUACCAAAAGAUGGGCUUUGACAUCAGAGAUGAGCUAUCGAUGAUGUUGCCGCCUCGAGGGUCGAGUGAGCCUACGGAAUUUUAUGAAGAAAAGUGCAUGGUGUGGACGCCGCCGAAGGCUGCAGCGGCAACAUCAUGA